GCAGAAAGGAACGGACCAAUCAGGACGCUCGUUGGGAUGCGUCGGGUCAGCGGCUGUGCGUCGUCAUUGCGCGGACAAGUUGGCAGAGUUUCCAGAGUUCAUUCCGCUCGCGCCAGGGAAGCAGCGAGAAGGCGGAAGUCGAGCUGGCUGCCUCAACUCUCUUCCCAGCGAUGGAGCAGGGGGAGUAGGGACCGAGAACCACCGAAACACCGGAUAACCUCCUCCAAACAGUCGCUACGGGGGACGCGGAGACAUCCCUCUCACCCACUCCCUCUCCCUCCCCCAUGUCCAUUAUCUCAGGGUAUAAUUCAGAGCCGGAACGUGGUGGUCCUGAUGAUUCCAGUUCCAUGAAUUCCCUACGGAUCUCCGUACGAGGCCUUCCUGCCCUGGCCUUCAUGGCCGGCGCCACCUCUGACCCCCGCUUCCGCCUAAAAUGGAGGGCCAUCACCGUGGCAACACUCCUUGCCCUCGCCCUGCUGUUCUACCUGCACCAGACGACGGGGGUCGGAACUGGCGGCAAUGACGUCUUCGGCGUCUCCUCUGACCGCUUCCAUCACCACGGUAACGGGGCGCAAAGCUGGUGGACGAACAAUGACAAUGAAAUAAUAAACAAUAAUGGUAACCGUCAACCGGUGGCUGCAGUGGGAAACAACGGCGGCGUCAACUGGAAUAAUAAACACUACAACGACACAUAUCCUCUCAGUCCCCCGGAGAGGAUGGCGUCCGGGAGCAUCCGGUACCGUAUUGGGGUGAUCGCAGACUUGGACACGGCCUCAAUGAGCACCAAGGGUCAGACAUGGUUCAGCGUCAUGCGGAGGGGCCACCUGGUGGUGUCUGAGAGUGGGGACAGAGUGGAGGUGGAGUGGGACGCAGACAGCCUGACCCUGGAGAGCCACCUGGCUGAGAAGGGACGAGGUAUGGAGCUGUCGGAGCUGGUUGCGUUCAACGGUCACCUGUACAGCGUGGACGACCGUACAGGAGUUGUCUACAGGAUAGAGGGGAACCAGGCGGUACCCUGGGUUAUACUGACUGAUGGAGACGGGUCUGUCUCAAAAGGGUUCAAGGCGGAGUGGCUGGCGGUGAAGGAUGAGUGCCUCUACGUGGGUGGUCUGGGUAAAGAGUGGACGACCACUACCGGAGAGUUCAUCAACGACAACCCCCAAUGGAUCAAGGUGGUGGGUUACCGCGGCAACGUGCAACACGAGAACUGGGUACCGCGUUACAAUGCCCUGCGCAGCGCAGCCGGGAUUCAACCGCCAGGUUACCUGAUCCAUGAGUCUGCAGCGUGGUCCGACCGCCUCCAGCGCUGGUUCUUCCUCCCUCGCCGCGCCAGCUCCGAACGCUACGAUGAGAUCGCCGACGAGCACCGCGCCACCAACCUCCUCCUCUCCUGCCCCUCGGACUUCCGCGAAAUCACCGUGGGGCACGCUGGACCCCUCCACCCAACGCACGGUUUCUCCUCGUUCAAGUUCGUACCGGACACCGACGAUCAGAUCGUACUAGCGUUGAAGUCGGAGGAGGACGCAGGGAAGAUAGCGACGUACAUCCUGGCCUUUACUUUAGACGGGAGGAUGUUACUGCCAGAGACGAAGAUAGGAGACCUGAAGUAUGAAGGACUGGAGUUCAUUUAAAAUGGAUGGGGAGGAAAGAGAGAUCCUGAGGAGGGACUGGAGAGAGGGUUGAUUUUUAGAACUUACCAACAUCACCUACCUGUGGCCUGACACACCUGUGAAGUAGUGUGAUGAGGUAAGAGAACUCUGUUCCAGGAAGGGUUACGGUCCCAGUCAUCACCAACAAGGUUGUCCAGAGAAACGACUAGUGUUUGGUGACAGACACCCUAAGAUUCUUCACAUGGGCAACUUCCUACCCCCCCCCCCCCCCCAAGGAGUCUGGGUAAUGUAGUCCACUAAGUUUGGGUUUAAACAGACAGCCCAAUUCUGAUGUUUAUACCAAUCACAUCAGAUCUGACUGUUCAAAAUAAUUGUCUGCAUCUCUAAACGCAGCCUAAGAAGAUCUAUGGUUGAACAGUGGUCAAACGCUCACAGGGUUGUGUUCAAUAGGCACAAAUCUGAAAGAAACGUUUCAAAACUGAGCAUUCAUUACCUGAAGUUUUCCGUUAUAAUGUAUUUAUCUUUUUACGUUUGUGCCUUCUGAAGAGGACCCUUGUUAACACUAACUCACAAAUGCAAAACUUAGAUGACGUUGGGUUGUCAACAUUCGUCAUAUGUUGAACAGACUACUGAAUAAGAUGCAUCAUGAUCUUACACCAGCUGUUAUGUUAACAACGUGUUUUCUCUCUUCCUUUUAAAACAGAACACCUCAGAUUAAAAUGUUCAUUCUGGUCCAAAGAGUUGGUUGAAUAAUGGACAGCUUACCACAGAAAACAUGGGUCACACAUAUUCAAAAUGUUCAAAUCUUUAUUGAUCAACAGAUACAGUACAUUAGUUAGAUCCUCUUACAGGCUGAUUUAAAUGCAUCAUUCACUUCAAGUUAUCAUUCCAUUAAAACAUAACAUUAACUGAUUGGAAUUUACAAAGACCCGUUCCACAAAUACUCAGUCAAACAAUGUGGAUCCCAUUGACAAACUUGAUCAGAUACAUUUGACACAUCAUCCCAUAGUAAUUGAUUGACACAUGGCCAUCAAAUAAGCAGCUGAAUUAAUCAAACGUUAUCCAAAAGGUCAUUUUAAAAACCUGACGAUGCAGUAGUGCAAAUGUGGUGGCAAGUCUACAAGCUGGUUCCCAUGGCGACGACGUCCUGAGGCAGCCCCGCCAUUUUGAGCGUUGUGAAGGAGCCCAGUUUAGAGUAGAAGUCAAACAUCCUCCUGUCACCCUGCCUCAGCUCACAGAACACACCUCUGGAACCUGUAGGAGAGAGAGAUUCUGAUAACUACAGUCAAAUGACAAGAAUGUGAGGAACAAACUGAACGAUGCACCUCAAUCUGAAUAUAGAUGUGUGUUAGUUCUGAUAAUCCAGUCCUAUGCCAUCAGGGAGAGAAGCACCAUCUGGCAUAGACACAUCUGAUC